AUGGCAACAGAAUACUUAAACUACGAAGAUGGUAAAUUUUCUAAAUCUCGUGGUAUUGGAGUAUUUGGGAAUGAUGCUCAAGAUACAGGAUUGCCUGCUGAUGUUUUCAGAUUUUACUUAUUGUUUGUGCGUCCUGAAUCUCAAGAUAGUUCAUUUAGCUGGGCUGAUCUAGCCACUAAAAAUAAUUCUGAACUGUUGAACAAUUUAGGAAACUUUUGUAAUAGAGCUUUAUCGUUCUUAGAAAAGUUUUUUGAUUGUGUUAUUCCUGAAAUUCAAUUAGGAAACGAUGAACUCACUUUAUUAGCAUUAGUAACGCGUGACCUCAAAGAAUACACAAGUAUGUUAGACAAGGCUAAACUUAGAGAUGGUUUACGACUCAUACUUUCGAUUUCUCGCCAUGGUAACCAAUAUAUGCAGUUCCAAAAACCAUGGGUGUUAAUAAAAGGAUCAAGUGAAGAAAAAAUCAGAGCAGGUACAGUCAUAGGACUGAGUUGUAACUUAGCUUGUUUACUAGCCGUCAUGUUACAACCUUAUAUGCCACAAACUGUUAAUAUAAUUGCAAAACAGUUGAACGUUGAUAUUUCUACAUUUCUAUUAAAUAACUUUGUAUCAGUUUUCUUGCAACCUGGCCAUAAAAUUGGAAAACCAGCUCCAUUAUUUGAAAAAAUUGAUCCAUCAGUUGUCAAUCAAUUGAAAAGCCGGUUUUCUGGGAAACAGAAAUCUCAGGAAAAAGAACUAGCAGUGGCUUCUGGACUGGAUCUUAAACAAAUUACAAGUGUGGAACAAAUGGAAGAAGCUAUUUCUAAACAAGGAGAUAUGGUUCGGCAAUUAAAGCAAAGUGGAGCUCAAAAAAGUGAUUGGGAACCAUAUGUCAAAGCAUUAUUGGAGAUGAAGAAAAGCUUAGAACAAAUGAAAUUAGCAUCUAAUCCAAUAUCUAUAGAUGACUUAGAAGAGGAAAUUUCCAAACAGGGCGACAAAGUACGAAAAUUAAAGGAAGCAAAAGUUGAAAAAAGUGAAUUACAGCCUGAAAUUGAUUUACUGAUACAAUUGAAAACUAAACUGUCCAUAUCAAAAGGCAUACCAGUUGAAAACGGACAAAAAAAGAAACAAAAACCAACUAAAAAAUAAACUUGACUAUAAUUUUUAUUGUGUUGAAAUUUGUUCCUGUAUGUUAUGAGAUAAGAUUACAAUAAAAUAAAAAAAAUUGUCGGUCCUGUUA